UAAAACAAAAAUUGUUAUUUAAAUUUAUAUUAUAUUAUUUGUAUAAAUUUUUGUAUUUUAUUGUAUUAAUUCAUGUAUGCAUAUAAUGUUUAUCAUAUUUUAAUUAUAUGGUUUUAUUUGAUCUUGCAGAGGAAGACUUAAAAAAAAAAUGGAAGUAUUUACGCGAUCAAUUUCGAUGUGAAGUGCGCAAAAUUCCAACUCCAAAAUCGGGGGAUGCCGCAUCACAAAUUACUUCGAGUUGGCCUUAUUUCAAUUCUCUACUGUUUUUAAAGGACCAAAUGAAAUACAGAAAUUUAAGUGGUAAUUUAAAAGCGUCAAGUGUAAAAGCUACCCAAGAAGAGGUUGAAUAUGAAGGAGAAAUUGAAGAUAUUCUCAACACUUCACAAGUCGAAGAAACAAGAGAUCUGUGCGACAAUGACGAGUUCAGCUGUGAAGUUCCAUCGAAAAAAAAAAAUAUCUCUAACAGCACUGCCCAAUUGUUGGAAAUUGAAAAGAGAAAAUUGGCACUGCUGGAAAAUAAAAAAAUGGAAAAAAAGACUGUAUUGGAUGAAGAUGAAGCAUUUUUUGUAACUCUUUUGCCGCAUAUUCGGAAGUUGGACCCAGAGAAUAAAUUUCUGUGUCGAAUGGAGAUGCAAAAUGUACUUUAUAAAUACGUGUAUGCAAAAGUUCAAAAUAUGCCCACACUGUCCAAUGAAACUUCAAGAUUCGCGCCUUUGUCUUCACCAAUCAGCGUUUCAUCUGAAAGCUACCAGAUAAAUUCUUUAGACCUUAGCACAACUCCUUGUUUUCAACCGAUCUCAUUUACCACAGUUGAAGGUACAAAUAUACCAUCAACUUCAUCAUCAUUGGUUCCAGACCAAAAUACAAAGGAAACUGUAAUUUAUUCAUCCUAUUAAUUAAUUUAUAUUAUUUAUUUUUAUUUUUUUUGUUUAAUUUUUCUUUUUAUUUUUAAAAAAAUGUAUUCAUGAAUUUAAUACCAUAUAAAAUGAAUUUAAUACAAU